GCCAACGGAUGGCGGUCUCAUCAUCCUCGUCGUCGACGGCCAACUAUUUGAUGGCGGUCCUCGCCCAGGAUAGCAACAGUAGCAAUAGUGGCAGUGCCAGUGGAAGUGCAAGUGGUUGCAGUGGUGCUGCCGCCGAUUCCGAGGACUCGCAAAUCGGACACGAGGCGAAUCCAGCGAACCGGGGAAAUCAGGGGGGCAGAAGGCGACCGCCGCGCCAGAAGAUCAACGCCAGGGAGCGGUAUAGAACCUUUAAUGUAAAUUCCGCCUACGAAGUGUUAAGGAAUCUCAUACCCACGGAACCCAUGAAUCGAAAGCUGUCCAAAAUCGAGAUUAUACGCCUGGCCAGCAGCUAUAUAACCCACCUCAGUAGUACUCUGGAAACAGGAACCGAAUGUCAGCCCUGUUUGCUGCACAAAUACGAUAAUGACGGCCUCGCAAGGCGAAUCAGUAUUUGCACAUUUUGCCUCAAAACCAAAUGAAAUAGCUUAGACGCCAAAUAUUUUGUUAUAUUAAGAAAGUUCCAUUUGUCGUAUCUAUUGCAUUUAGAUUAUUGUUUAAAAAAAACCAUUUAAAAUGAGCGCUCAAUGCAGCGCCAUCUGUGGAAGCUAGGAGAAACUAAAUGCCGGAAAGAGUCAACUGCUUGAACUGCUUUCCUCUUUU